AUGACACCGACCCAGACCGUCUCCUCAUGGCAAGUCCGCGCCGAGGCCGGCGAGCCUUUUGCCGUGAUCCGCGUCCGCGAUCUUCAGAGCACAAUCCAGGCCGGCACUGACGCCUGGGGUCGCAAGAACAAAUCGCAGCCCGUCUUUGUCUCGGCGGAGCUGUCGAUGGCAAGCCCCUUCGACGCCGCGUCUUCAUCGGACCGCGUCAGCGAUGACACUGUCCACUAUGGCCUGCUCGCCAAGGCGAUCAUUGCCAGUCUGGAUGGCAUCAAUCGUAGGCCUCAACCCGCUGGCAAGGCAUCGCAUGUUCACCUCCGCGACGCCGUUAGUCAGAUUUGGGCCGACUUGACUGGCUUCUCCCCAGAUGGUCAACAGGUUGCCGCCGCAGAGGGAAAUGUGGGUUUCUUGAGAGACAGAAUCUCGCUGGUUCGAUACAUGAACCUUAGUGUAACGCUCCCCAAAGCAUCGCUUCUCGGUAGUGCCGUCAGUUUAUCGACAUCCGCUGUUUUCAGCCCGGAGAAAGUUCAAUCACCUGUAGUUGUGUGGAGUUCGUGUCUCCGCAUUCAUGAGCUACGUGUGCCGACUCUCAUUGGAGUCAACGACAAUGAGAGAUUAGCAAAGCAGGUCGUUGUGGCGGACGUGGAGGUUGAGCACUUUGAUGCUACGGAGGACAUAUAUGUCGGUAUCGAGUCCAUUAUCGUAAAGACCCUCGGAGACUCAUCCUUUGAGACUCUCGAAGCGCUAGGUCCCGCUAUUACGGGCAGCGUCAGGCGCAAUAUCAAAGACGUAACGGGGCCCGCCGCUGAUGGAAUCUCGAGCUGGGUGAUCAAGGUGGUCCUUGAAAAGCCAACGGCCAUCACAAUGGCUGCGGCGUCGCGUGUAGAGUACAGGGAGCUUCCUAAUACCAGCCAGUAG